AUGGCAAAUUAUAAUUGUGGUACGUUACUCUUUGUGUCCGAGGGAGUGGAGUAAUCUUAACCUGGGAAUUGGGAAGGCGCUCACGGCAAUUUGUUUCGUAUUGUCUUUUAAUGCCUCCAAUGGCUUUUAAACGCACUUUAUCAAGUUCGAGUCAGCUGAUAAUUUAAAAUUCUGCAAUGAAGUAUAAAUUUGGCAGGGGCAGUGCAGCCAACGGUAGGUUGGCCACACUGGCGGCAGUAUUUCUCCCUUCGAUCAUAUGCUUGCGAUUGUUAGGCUAUGUACGUCGAUGCAUAGCUGCAUUGUUGCGUGACGGAGUUUUUCCAGCACGGAUUUUCGUUAAAUAUACACGUUUAUAUACAUAUUUGGGGUACUUGGUCGAUAUAAUUUUAUAAGGGAACAACGGGACUAGCUAAAUGUGGCUCGGCCCUCUCUCAUUAUUUUACGGCUAAAUGUAAACAGAAAACAAAUUCGAAAAAGGGAAGCGAAAGUAUGUGCAUCCAUUGUCGAAAUACGUUUCAUUUAUGGUGAUAAUAUGUCAAAGUCAAACAUAAGGAAAAUAACGGUUGACCCUACGAAAUGUAACAUUGACUCUCGGCGUCCAAGUGUUUUCGAAAGAUUGGGCACUAAACCAGCGGUCAGUACAGCCGCUCAAAACGCUUCAGAUUACUGUAGAAAUUGGGCAGUUAAUGGCAGUUGUUCGUAUGGAAAGAACUGCAAAUAUGCAAACACGCAUAUACUAAUAAGUCCUUCAAAGCGGGUGAAGAAGGAUAAUGCACCUGCAAAUCCUUCAUUGCUCAUCGAAGAUCCUUUUAAGCGCCUUACAUCUAAAAUUGUGAAAACAACCUCGCAUAGCCCGGAUUUGAAUUUGGAAGAGUGGAAUCAGACAGACUUGGAGUACGAAGACGAGAAGGUGCUGGAGAGGCGAAGGCAGCUCUUGCAAAGAGAAUUGGAAUUACAGAUGAAGAAGGAUAAAGAGGUGCAUGGAAAGGAUAAGAUAAAGUAUAAGAAAAAGGCAAUGAGCACGUCUUCCAGUUCGCACAGCUCGAGCUCAUCCAGCAGUACUAGCAGCUCCAGUAGCGAAGAUUCGUCUUCCAGUUCGACGUCCGACUCGAGGAAAAAGGUUAAGAAGUUCAAGAAAACAAAGCACAGCGCUUCGCCGGAAUUCGAAGACGACAAAGACAGGAGGAAAAAAUUAAAGUUAAAGCGCUUAGGAGGAAAAAAUGAAAAAUUGCCUCCAAAAAAGAAACGAAAAAUAGAAAUGUCCCCAAAGAAAGAUACCCCUCCAAAAGCCUUUAAGAAAGCAAACAGUUCGAUUGUACCUCAUAAACAUAUUUCUACACCUAGAGCCAAAUCCCCAUUAUCUGCAGCAUCACACGGCACGCCAGCGAAGGCUAAAGAACGAACUAGAAGCGAAUCGCCGAAGCUGAAGCUCAGGGAGUCCGAUAAGGACAGGCAUCAUAAGAAACUGCGGGAGGCGGAUGAAAUGGCGAAGGAGAUGGGCCAAAAAAAGAUUGCCGACAGAAUCGAGCGGUUGGAUCGAAUAGACAGGCUCGACAGAGCGGAUAGAAUAGAAAGGGCGGAGAGAAUGGAGCGCGGUGGUGAUAGGGGCGAGAGGAGCGAUAGGGGCGACAGGAUGGACAGAAUGGACAGAACGGAGAGAAAGGAGAUGGAUAAGGGCAAGCCGCGCCUCCUCGAUGAGAAAGGUAAGGGCGACGAGCGCUCGAAGCCCCGCUCCAAGGACAGAGAGAGGCGCUCGAGGAGCCCGCCAAUCGAGCGCUUGAAGCACCAGUACCUCAAGGACGGCUCCUCCUCGGCCAAGUCCAAGCGCAGUCGCAGCCCCGACAAGCUGCGCACGAAGCACGACUCCGUGGCGUCGCGCCAGCAGGACAAGGCACCGGGCUCGAGCAGGUCGCGCGAGCUCGACAAGCGCGAGCGCGACUCCCAUAAGCGCGAGCGCAGCAAGGACCGGGAGGACUCGCGUAAGCUCGAGCCACCCAAGCCCAAGGCCCUGAACACGGACGAGCAGCGGAAGGGCUCGGUGAGGGAGCGCAGCAGGGAGCGCCGGCUCAAGGAGCACGGCCACCCGCGACUCGUCGGCCGCGAGCAGCGCGACAAGGAGCGCGAGGAGAGGCGCACCGAACGCGACACCGGCAAGUCCGGGCAGGGUGGCGCGGGUACCCUCGACAAGGGGCCGCGUUACAAGGAGCGGCUAAAGGAGUCGGGCCCGGAUAAGGGCUCGCGCGUACUCAGGCCCGAGCGCGAUAAGGAGCGGCCGGAGCCGAAGGCCCCGGAAGGUCGAGACCGCGAGCGCGUCUCCCAGCGCUUCGAGGUGCUCCACAAGUCCGAGCGUGCGGAGCGCGAGCGCGGUGAGCGGGAGAGGGAGCGGGAGCGCGAAAGAGAGCGGGAGCGGGAGCGCGAGAGGGAGCGGGAGAGGGAACGCGAGAGGGAGCGAGAGAGGGAGCGGGAGCGCGAGAGAGAGCGGGAGAGGGAGAGGGAGAGGGAGCGACACCGUAGGUACGGCGGGGUGCGAUUCGAGGGCCGGGACGAGCGUAAGGAGGCGCUGAAGCUCGAGCGGCUGCAGGAGCGUAGAGAGAGCCCGCGGCGCGCCCUCGAGCUCGAGCGCGGCUUCGAACGGGGCUACGCGCGGCCGGCGCCACCGCCGCCGCCCCCGCCGCCGCCGCCCCCAGCCCCUCCCGAGCACUGGGACGAGCCGGAGGAGCCGCAGCAGCAUCUCGAAUACCGGGAGCAUCGGGGCCACGAGGACGAGCGGAGGAAGCCACUGGUGGAGGCGCGUCGCUACAACAGCCCGUUCAACGAGCGCCGACAGCGAGUGGAGGAGCGCGGGCAGCCGAGGUACCCGCUCCAGCCGGAGCGCAACUUCGAGGAGCUCCAUCAUCCGCUGUACGCCGGCGACAAGAUCCGGCCGGCUUCCGUCAGGGACGAGUCGAGCGGCGACAACUGGGAGGUGCAUCACGAGCUCGAGCAUUCGGGGCGCGACCGACCAUACGCGCCCAAUGACUGGGAGGAGAGGGAGUGGCGAGGCCGCGCCAUGUGGGACAGGGAGAGUCUGCCCCGGUCGGAGGCGCACGAGGAGGAGUGGUCGGCGAGAUACGAGAGCUCGAUCGCCGAGUGGAAGGUCACCGGCGAGCCCAGGAAGUGGGACAGUCAAGCGCUGCACAUGCGGGCCUCCUACAGGAACGAGCGCAUCAAGGAACUUGAGCUCACGGAUCCGGCGCACUGCAAACGCAGGCCCUUCGGCACUCCGGAGAGGCGCGAGGAUCUUCCGAGUCACGCCGCGAAGCAGGCGCUCCACAACAGCAUGAAGGACGAGCCAAUCAACAAGAAGCUCAUGGAGCUGGCGGAGGGCAGGCCACGCAGGAGCCGGGAAAAGUCGGCCGACAGCUUCCAAAAGAAGCUGUUCCCGAAGGAGAAGCCGGAAGUUAAGGAGCCCCCGCCCCCGCCUGAGCCGAAGCGCUGCGCCGACGAGCCACUGCCGACGCUACACACGGAGAGCGACCUCAGCGACAUCAGCGACGAUCCCGAUGACAUUCUUAAUAUGGAGGAGGAAGUUACGGAGAGCAAAGCGAGCGUUAAAAAAGCCAGCGAGACGGAGAAGGACUCGGCAUCGGUGAAAAGUCAAGAGCAGGCGCAUUUGUCGCCCAAGCCGCCCGUGGACGACGCUGUCUUCGCGAAAGAUAAGGAUUCGACGGAGGCCUACAGCAACAAGAAUAAUAUUGAGGAAGAGAGCAUGGAAACGAUGGACUUUGAAGAGAUUUCCGACGGCGAGCUGGAAGAAGAUGUUAAAACCAGUUGCAAAGGAUUGGGAGACGCCCUGGGAGUCGAUUGGGAAAGUCUCGUGAAGGAAUCUCAGCCAAGGCGCCCCAUUGCCACUAGUCAUGAUAAUGUUCAAGAUCGUUGGCAGUGCAGAGCAGUUUUCCAGCGCAUUGGAAUCUCCGUGAAAGCCGCGGGUCAAGAAUUAGUGGAAAAGCUUUUUCAAAAGUAUACAGAUAACGAGUCCAGUAAGUUACUUCUCGACAAUGUGGCAUUUGUACAUACAGCACUAGCACGAAAGCAGCUCCUACCAAAUUCAACGUAUAGAUUAAUAAGCAAUGAUGAUUUAUUGUACAGAAGUAAGAACGAUGUUGACGUGGAUGAGAAUCUUAAACCUUGUACGAGCUUAUACGAAGAAGCCAAAUUACUUCUUGAACAAACAGCAUGAGAUAUGUGUAUAAAGAGUUUGGUAAUGCUUAUAUGCAAUUUUGGAAGACUUUGUACUUUCAAGAAUGGUUGUACAUGAUGUAAAAGCUCGACGAUGUUUGUGAAAAGCUGUAUUAUACACACCUCGGAUUUUAAAUAAGAAUUUUUUUUUUUUACAGAUAAUUUUUUGACUUUAUAUUCCA